AUGAACUCAGCGCAAGCUCCCGGCUACACCUACAGGCGCCUUCUUAAAGAUUCCUUACUCCAACGUCCAUUUGGACACCAUGAAAGACUGGUUACCAUCUGCGUCGUUUCCGCCAUCGCGGCUGCCUUCGUGCUCUCUUUGUUCAUCUCCCUCUUCACUUGCUUUCGGCGUCAGCUGACCUCGGCGUCCUCUAAGCCACCCUCGUCGACAUGUAGCAGGCAGCUCAGUAGCAUGCCUGUAUACAUAUAUGGCGACUCCGCGCCUUAUUGUUUUACGUCGUCGUCCUUUGAGGUCAGGAACUGUGUCAUAUGCUUGGGGGAGUUCGAGCUUGGAGAUGAGCUUCGUGUUCUGCCCAACUGCAACCAUGCGUUCCAUAAAGGUUGCAUUGAUCAGUGGCUGCCCCUGAGAUCGUUGCUUUGCCCGCUUUGCCGUGAGCUUUCGACAGAUGAGAUUGGGACCAUGAGAAAGCCCGUUUGUACCAAUUAUUGGGCCCGAAAUCCGGCCUUCGUAUUGGCCUUCGCCCCCGCCAGUAAUGCCCCAUUGCCCUCCCAACUGUAA